AUGAAUGCGCUCGACGAGCUGAUGUGGACCUGGGUGUCGGGCGAGAACCCGGAGGAAAACGCGUUCAAGUGUCGUUGGGCGGAUUGUUUCAUCUCGUUGAAUGACGCGGCCCAUCUCGAAGCACAUCUGGAGGAACAUGUUACACACAUCUCAACCAAAUGGUUCCAUGGAGGUAGGUCAAUUUUCUUGUUGUUUUUGAAAAUUUAGAUGAUAUGGAACGAAGUUUUGUCCUCAUUAGUGCUAUUGGAGGUGUUAAGUGCCACAGAGCUGCUUUAUUUGGCGAGAAACUUUGAUUUUGAUUUCGGUGUCUAGUGCAAUAUCGGUUUUGUCCUUGAUAGAUAUAAAAGGUCGCGUUUUGCAUUCCAAAAGUUGCUUGCUGCCAUAUCGAUCACAUUUACAAGCGAUUGAGCUGAAAAAGUAAUAUAGUAAUGCUUUUCCUUACUCUUGAAAAUCAGGUGUCAAGUACAAUAUAAAGUAUAUCCAGAAACAAUGUUUCAAUUUAAAAUUUGAAUUUGUAGGGUGUAUUAUAACUACUGAGGAGUUCUUUUUCGCUUCUAAGAUUAAAAAUAUGAAGAUGUGACUACUUUUUUAUAUUGUUUUAGCUAUAUCCGCGGACUUUUGUCCAAAAAUUAGUAAAAAUUGCUAGAAAUUUAAAACUUUUUAAACUCUAAAGUACCUCAGGGACACAACGCUUUGUUCAGCAUUCAAUUUACCUCAAAUAAUUUUUAUUUUCAGCCCUAAUUGCCUGUGGGAUUUACGGUUGCACAGUGCAUUUGAAUGACCCGGUCGAACUGCAAAGCCAUAUCCGCCUUCACAUCCACCACGCUCUUUGUCAAAAAAACGGUCUCAAUUUACUUCGUCAAAGUUCUACUAGCCUAAAUCAGUAAGUUUCGUCAACUUUUUUAUAUUACACUUGACAUCAAAAGUAAAAAUUUUCUGCUUUAGUUGUUUUUUCCAACCAAAUGCAGUCGUUGACCAAUGCGAAAGUGCCAUCAUUUGCCAGUGGCAGCAAUGCGGAGUGAGUUUUUGAUUUUUUUAUUUGAGUUUUGAAAUUUAGGUACAAUUUCGAAAAGUCUCCGAAUUUUUACAACAUCUCAAGAAUCAUGCAUUCUGCAUGGAUCCCGUGCAAUAUCAAGAUGGGAGCUUCUGUUUUGAGUGCAAAUGGGAGAAUGGUAAGGGGUUUUUUUAGAGGUUCCGGCUGAUAUUGUACUUGAUGGAUUUGAUGUCGCCAGGGUAAAUUUGAAGUGUAUUAGAUGAAAAUUUUGUCCAAUUGGGUUUAAUUAGGAUGUAGGUGAUAUAAAUAAUUGUUUUUUGUAACAAAAUUGCUGAAUUUUUUUAGACUUUUACCUUAUAUUAUACUAGGUACAGUUUGUCUCAAAAGGCUCGCUUUUUGUGAGAAAUUCUUGAUUUUUCUGUUGUUGCAGUUCAUAUUAGAUCAUCUGUAAUCUGAUUUAUUGCAAAUGGGUUUGUUUUAUUUACAAAAAAAAUAAUCUUUUUACCUUCACCUUGUCCAUUACCCAAAAAAAAUUUAGAAUUUUAAUUUUCAGCGUGUGAGUCCAGAUUUCCCGACCGUUUCAACCUCUCUCGCCAUGUAAUCUCCCAUUCGCACUGUCGAACCCUCGCCUGCCCAUUUUGUGGCCAACAUUUCUCGUCGUCGCAGAAAUUAAUCGAGCACUCCACCCGUCGAAUCUCCGAUGAAAACUCGUCAAAAUAUGUGUGUUAUCUGUGUCAAAAAGUCUUCAGCUCCUCAAAAUUCCUCCGAGACCACUGCGAACGGCAUGUGAAGAAGUUUGCCUGCCCUCACGAGCAGUGUCAAUACGUCGCGAACCGGGAAUCGGACAUGAACAACCACAUUGAAGGGGUCCAUUGCAAAAAUCGACCGUUUCAGUGUGAACAGUGCGGAAAAAGGUGGGAGUUUUGAGUGGAACUGGGACGAAAAAUGUCCUACCACAUAAGACACUUUGAAACUCAAUUUCAUCCGUUAAAAACACAAAAAUUUUAAUGGCAUCUCGACCUAGUGCAAUAUAAAAAUUAAACUCAAAACCUAGAAUUUUUGCUCUAAGCAUCUCGAAACGCCAUAUAAUAGUAUAAUUAGUGCAAAAACUCCACAAAACCAAUCCCAAUUUCAACUAUUUUCAUCAUGUACAAUAUAACUAAACCAAACGCCUCACGGCUGUACUAUUUUUUGUAAUUUCUAAACUUCAAAGUUGGCCUGAAAUUACUUCCAUAGCCUCUGACAUGCCCCAGAUUUUCUAUAUUACUCAAAACCAGAGUUGGACGAUUGUGGAAAGACAAUUGGGGGAACCGAAAAGUAUUAUUUUUCUUCUGAUGCAAGUGUGAAAUUUUGAUAAUCGAGUGUGCUCUGAUUUUGUAAAUGACAUUCAUUUUAUUUUAAUAGUUACUUUUUUUCUUAAGUAGUACUGUAUACAGUUGUAUACAGCUGUAAAGUAGUAAUUUUUUGAAUUUUUUUCAUGAAUACUCGAUUUGGGGUUUUUCAGUGGUGCUGAUUUCGAAAAUUUUACUCAUUUUUUUCUGGUUUGAAAACAGUAAUGCAGCCGACACUGGUGGUUCUGUUUUCAAAUCAGAAAAAAUGAAUAAGUUUUUCGAAAUCAGCACCAUCGGAAACCCCUAAAUCGAGUAUUUGUGAAAAAAAUCAAAGAAUUACUACUUUACAGUACUACUUAAGAAAAAAAGUAACGAUCAAAAAGAUGAAUGUCAUUUUCGAAACCAGCACCCUCGAUUAUCCUAAUUUCACUCGUGCAUCGAAGAAAAAUAAUACUUUUCGGUUUCCUCAAUCGUCUUUUUCCCCAAUCGUCCAACUCUGGUUUUGAGUGAUAUGGAAGUCUGAGGAAUGUUAGAGGCUAUGGAAGUCAUUUGAGGCCAGUUUGAAGUUUAGAAAUUUCAAAAAAUCAGGGUUUAGUUAUAUUGUACAUGAGGAAAAUAGUUAAAAUUGGAAUUGAUUUUUGGAUUUUUGCACUAAUUAUACUAUUAUAUGGCAUUUUGAGGUGUUUAGAGUAAAAAUUCUAGGUUUUGAGUUUAAUUUUUAUAUUGUACUAGGUCGAGAUGACAUUAAAAUUUUGUGUUUUUAACGGAUGAAACUGAGUUUCAAAGUGUUUUAUGUGGUAUGUAGGAAAUGUUAGAUUGUAAAAUACGUUGUGUUGACCUUUUAUUGUUGAGAUUUGGCCGUUUCUGUUACAGCAGUCAAGUAUAAUAUAAAAUUUUCGCAUUUUUAACCUCAAAAGUUUCAGUUAUGUCAAGAAAUCGGACCUCUCGAAACACGUGGCCUCCCAUUCCGGCCUGAUGUACUCCUGUCCCCAUUGUAACGUCGAAUUCGCGUGGCAGAAACAGCUCAAACAUCACCUCCAGACCCACGAUCCGGACUACAUCAAGUCCCCAUAUUUGUGCCAUAUUUGCGGCUCCACCUAUCAACGAGGCUCCGCACUCUCGAAACAUUUGCGAACCUUCCACAAACUCACCGUUCCACCGGGAUUCACGAGGUUCCAGUUCAAGAAGUGCAGCGACAACAUGUUUCGACUGGAAACUGAACGAAUCCUGGCUGAUGAGAUCACGUACAGCGCCAGCGAUGGCUCACCGAUGUGCCAGAACGCCAGGGAAUAUAUGGUUUGA